AUGUCUGAACUUCACAGCAAAAGAAGACGUCUUUCUGAGAGCGGCAGUUUUCAGGCAAAAGAAUCCGAGACCAUGGAUUCACCACAAGAUGCCACGAUAGCGCCGGCUACAGAAGCGGCUGCUGCCCCGGCGAAAACGCAGAUGAGAAGAGAGCUUUUCGUGCGCUCGCUGCCGGCCUCAGCGACGACCGAAAGCCUGACCGAGUUUUUCUCGCAAUCGUACGUACUCCGCCAUGCCACUGUCGUGGUUGAUCCGACGACCAAACAGUCCAAGGGCUAUGGUUUCGUGACAUUUGCCGACGUGGAAGAUGCCCAGCGCGCCCUGGAGGAAUUGAACGGAGCCAAUUUUGGAGGGAAAAAAAUCAGGGUAGAAGUCGCACAGCCGCGAAAGCGUGAGAUUGGCGAAAGCGAUGGCAAAUCCGUGCCUUCUGCAGAAGCGACCAAACGCAAAGAAGACCGUGCGCGUGAACGAGAAGAAAACCAACCCCCCAGGCUGAUUGUGCGAAAUCUUCCGUGGUCUAUCAGUGAACCAGAUCAAUUAGCAGCUCUCUUCCGCAGUUUUGGCAAGGUCAAGCAUAUAGUCAUCCCAAAGAAAGGUACGGAACUGGCGGGCUUCGGCUUUGUUGUGUUGCGAGGCAAGAAAAAUGCGGAAAAGGCACUCAACGCUAUAAACGGGAAGGAGGUCGAUGGAAGGACUCUGGCGGUCGAUUGGGCAGUUGAUAAAAGCGUGUGGGAAAAAGCUGCCGAGAAGGAAGCUGAAGCUGAAGCUGACGCUGACGCUGACGCUGGCGCUGAUGUCGAUGUGAUGGAUGUUGAUGUCGAGGACGCACCCGGCGAGGCUGACGCUGUCGACGACGACGAAUCUAUUGAGGCGGGCUCAGAUGAGGCUGACGAGGAGGAAGAAAUUGACAACGAAGAUGAAGAUGAAGACGAAGAACCUCAACAAGGAGAUGUGGAAGACGAACGGAAUGCUUGCACUAUUUUUAUUCGCAACUUGCCAUUCACCACCUCAGAUGAAACACUCUACGAACACUUCAAACAAUUCGGCCCUGUUCGAUACGCUCGAAUUGUCAUGGAUAUGGAGACCGAGCGUCCUAGGGGAACGGGCUUUGUGUGUUUCUGGAACCUCGAGGAUACAAUUGCAUGCGUCCAGGGCGCCCCGACGCAGACCCAAACUGAGGAGGACCAGAACUCCAAAAAGACAGCCACCAACGCUAAACAUUCUGUUCUACAAAAUGACAUGCUUGAUCCUACUGGGAAAUACAGCAUAGAAGAUCGAGUAUUGAACGUGUCCCGGGCUGUUUCUAAAACCCAGGCCAACAAGUUGAGAGAUGAAGGGGUCUCGCGGCGCUCUGCACAAGACCAGGACAAGCGACGCCUCUUCCUCUUGAAUGAGGGCACCAUUGCUUCCAACUCCCCGCUGUACCAAAAGCUGGCACCAUCCGAGGUCAAAAUGCGAGAAGACAGCCUGAAGCAACGCCAGAAUCUGAUCAAGACCAACCCUACCCUGCACCUGAGUCUCACCCGUCUAUCAAUCCGCAAUGUGCCCCGAUCUGUAACGUCGAAGGACCUCAAGGCACUCGCGCGAGAAGCCGUUGUUGGAUUUGCCACGGAUGUCAAAGAAGGCCGUCGUCACCCGCUGUCGUACGACGAACUACAGCGUGAAUCCGAGGAGACCAAAGAAGAAGACAAGCGCCGACGAGAAAAGGGCAAAGGUAUUGUAAAGCAAACCAAGGUUGUCUUUGAGGGACGCGAUGGCGGCAAGAUUGACGAGAAGACCGGCGCGGGCCGGAGUCGCGGCUACGGGUUUAUCGAGUACUUUAACCAUCGCCAUGCGCUGAUGGGACUGCGGUGGCUUAACGGACAUGUCGUGCACGCCAAGGCCAUUGAUGGCGAGGCCGAGGUGGAGAAGAAGAAGAGGCUCGUUGUUGAAUUUGCCAUUGAGAACGCCCAGGUGGUGCAGCGGCGGAGGGAGUUCCAGGAGAAGGCGCGCAACAAGCAACCCGACGACAACGAAGAGUCUGAUGAUGAAAACAAAAGAGGACUCAAACGGAAAAGAUCCGAUAGUCGAGGCGACAGAGAAGGAGGCCGCGGCGGUAGGGGAGCUAGUCGUGGCAGAGGAGAAGGCAGAGGAGGUAGAGGAGGCAGAGGAGACGUCAGAGGAGGUAGAGGUGAUGGGGGUGAUAGAGGAGAAGGUAGAGGCAGAGGUGGCAGGGGAGACAGCAGGGGAGGCAGAGGAGGUAGAGGGGAUAGAGGAGGUAGAGGAGAAGGCAGAGAAGGCAGAGCACGGCCAGCAAAGGCCCCCAGGACCGACGACAAGAACGAGGGCGACGACGAGCAAAACAAGCUUGCCAAAAGAAACAGAAUCAUUGCGCGAAAACGUCAGAUAAGGAGAAAGCGCAACAAGGCUUGA